GGUAGAUACAGCUCGACUUCUCAGGGAGCAAAGUUACAUUGUGAGCAGCGCGUUGUGUAACACUGUGUCUUCUGAAGACACUCAACAGAUAGAUCCUCCACAUACUCGAUGACACGGAUGUGGAUAUAGGAGCUGCUGGUUUCACCUUUUUUUUUGGAUCAAGGUUCGUGCGUUGUUCUUGUUUUCUUCUUCUCCGGAUUUCGUCAGUUUCACAGACGCUGGUAGGAACGAUGGAUAAGAGACGUGGCUGGCAGCGCAGCGCAGCAGGCCUAAAGCCUGCUCUCGGACAACAGGGCUGAGGAGCUGAGGAGCUGCAGAGGUGUGAGGAGUUUCCCCGAGGACACAAUCCACCCUCCUGGCCUUCCUCAGCAUCCCCUCAGCUGUUUUUCUCGCGUCCAUCCUCAUCAUCGUGGCUAAAUCUUCAACUGAGCUUUGCUGACAUUUAAGCUGCAUUCACUUCUGAUUCCAGCCCGCCUCCUCAGGUGCCCCUGAACAUCUUUUUAUGUCCUCCUGAAUCUGAAACCAUGAGGAACACCAGAUCGAGCCUGCUGCUGGGCUGCAUGCUCCUCUGCUCUGCCUCCCUGAUCUACCUGGGCAUGAGCAGGAUGGAUUGCCCCCCAAAAAGCCAUCGGUACCGGUGGAUGGAGCUCAACAUGGGCUCGGCCAAUCAGAGCUCAUCCCUGAACGAACACUUCCCCGAAGACACGCCCCUCAUCUUCAUCGGAGGCUUCCCCAGGAGCGGCACCACGCUGAUGCGCGUCAUGCUGGAUGCCCACAAUGCCGUUCGGUGCGGGGAAGAGACCCGGGUGAUCCCCCGCCUCCUGGCCAUGCGGGCCACCUGGAGCCGCUCGGUGAAGGAGAGGAUACGACUGGACGAGGCCGGCGUCACUGACCAGGUGUUGGACUCGGCCGUGCGAGCGUUCCUGUUAGAGGUGAUAGUCGGCCACGGGGAGCCUGCACCUCGCCUUUGCAACAAGGACCCGUUCGCCUUGAAGUCUCUCUCGUAUCUGUCGCGCAUUUUCCCGAAAGGCAAAUUUGUGCUCAUGCUACGAGACGGACGGGCAACCGUCCACUCCAUGAUAUCACGCAAGGUGACCAUCUCUGGCUUUGACCUGACCAGCUACAGGGACUGUCUGACCAAGUGGAGCAGCGCGGUGGAGACCAUGUUCAGCCAGUGCCAGGCCGCCGGGGAGUCCAGAUGUCUGCCCGUCCGCUACGAGCAGCUCGUCCUCCACACAGAGGAGGAAAUGAGGAAGUUGCUUCACUUCCUGGAGCUGCAGUGGGACCCGUCAGUGUUGCACCACGAAGAGCUGAUUGGAAAGGCUGGUGGCGUGUCUCUGUCCAAGGUUGAACGCUCCACAGACCAGGUGAUGAAGCCGGUGAACACAGACGCCCUCUCCAAGUGGGUCGGUCACAUUCCCUCUGACGUGAUAAGCGACAUGGCUGAAAUCGCCCCCAUGCUGGCUCGCCUGGGCUACGACCCCAACGCCAACCCGCCCGACUACACGAGAGGGGAGACCGUGGUGUCUUUGUUCAACGACUCACAGAAUUUGAAAUCAGCAGAGACUCCACACCCCAGUUAAACGAAAAAGGAAAUUUCAGCUUCGGUGCUCCACGAUAAUGAUGCACCUUAAAGACAGACUUCCAGUUCAGCAGUAAUUACACCUCACAGGAAAUUUUUUAAAGUGUCCCAUGUGUAUUUUUGGAUCGUUUGUAAGACUAAUGUGCGGUGUUGGUGUCUGAACACGGUAGAGAGACUCAUCAAGUGGUUUGAGUUUUAUAUCUUGUGUGGACUACCUGCUCCAGAAGGUUUCUCCAACAUUUCCUCCCAAGGUGAACCGACAGUAUUACACUGCACUAUGAUGCUUCCUCUCCUCUCGUACCUGACGCUAUUUCUACAUGUCUGUAAAGUUCUAUGAUUCAGCACAAAUGUGACUGUGACUUUAGACUAAUCUUUGACGUACUGAGAUUUCAGUCAGGGUUUGUGAAGCAUAAUGACUGUAUAUUUUUGAAGAUGUAUUUUUAUUUUCUUAAUAAAUUAUUUUGGUGUUGACCAUUCAUUCAGGAAUCUAAAGUUGUUUAUUCUGAAUUGAGGGUUUUUUAUUGUUGUAUAUUGUUGAUCAUGAAUAAAAAUAGUCUAAAUG